AUAUCUGUGCGACAACAUCCAUGAACACAUGCACCAUGCGUGUAUCACCAAGGGCUGCAAAAAUAAUAAACACAUAAACUUUUAACAAUAACAGCAACAUUUACAAUAUCGACGAGGAGUUGAAAACAGCGCGGGCUGCCAUGGCUGGGAAAACGCUGCUCUUCAAGUCAAAUUAUGCGGUCUCCAGCAGAAUCGAGCCUUUCUAUAAGGGAGGUAAAGUGCAGGUCAGUGCAGACGAGCAGCACAUCUUCUGCACUUAUGGACCAAAGAUCAACAUCCUGCAGAUCAGCACAGGGAAGAUCAUACACAGCAUUGAACAGGAGGAUCAGGAGGACAUCACAGCGUUCGCUCUCAGCCCUGAUGAUGAGAUGUUAGUGAGCGCCAGCAGGGCUCUGCUCCUCAGGCAGUGGGACUGGAAGCAGCAGCAGUGUCGUCGCUCCUGGAGGGCCGUUCACAGUGUGCCCGUGGCCAGCAUGAGCUUCGACUGCACCUCCACACUGCUGGCUACAGGCGGCUGUGACGGCACCAUCAAACUGUGGGACGUGAUCAAGCAGUACUGCACACACAACCUCAAAGGCUCCUCUGGCGUCGUGCAUUUGGUGGAGUUUCACCCAGACAUCAGCCGGCUGCAGCUCUUCUCCUCGUCCUCAGACUGUGCGAUCCGCAUCUGGGACCUGCGCUCCAGCCGCUGUGUGUGUGUGCUGGAGAGCCACUACAGCCCCGUCACUGCGCUCGCGUUCUCCCCGGACGGACACACACUCGUCAGCUCUGGCAGAGAUAAGAUCUGUUCUGUGUGGGACCUGCAGGAGCAGAAGGUGAAGAGGACCAUCCCGGUCUAUGAGGCUGUGGAAGGUGUGGUUCUCCUGUCGGGCUCCGCUGAUUACUCAGAGAUGGGAGUGAAGAGUGACGCGUUACACCUGGUCACGGCUGGCAGUAAAGGUGUCCUGCGUGUGUGGGACAGCUCCUCGUCCCGCUGUGUGUUCACCCAGACUCUGCCUGAUGCUUCGUCUCACACUGAAGAUGAAGAUGCUGAAGACGAAGAGCGCCUGGGCCUCCUGCAGCUCCUGCUGCUGCCCCGCACCGGCAGACUGAUCACAGUCACUGCAGAACACAACAUCCUGCUGUACCAGACGCCCACACUCGCUGUACAGCAGCAGUUCGUGGGCUACAAUGACGAUGUGCUGGAUGUGAAGUUUGUGGGGAAGGACGACACACACAUCGCAGUGGCCACCAACAGCUCUCAGCUGAAGGUGUUUGAGCUGAGCACCAACAGCUGCCAGAUCCUGCACGGACACACCGAUACCAUCUUAUCCAUCGACGUCUUCCGCAAAGGCAGCAUGUUUGCGACCUGUGCAAAGGAUAAGAGUGUGCGUGUUUGGAGGAUGGAUGUGAGCAGUGUUCGUGUCCACUGUGUGGCUCAG